CCUUUAACAGUUCAUUCUCCUUCCACCCAGUGCAGUUUUGUGGUCAUUGGGCCUUUUCAUUCAUUUCUGGAUUCUUCUGGUUGCAGCAGCUAUGCCCUUGGAUCUGAGCAAAGCUGCCUGGCUCUACCCUCUCCGCGGCAUCUACUAUUUUUUGUCGCAUCGGUUCCUCUGGCCAUUGUUCAAAACUCGUCUAAUUCCGAUCGUUCUACUUUCAGCCUUCAUCUAUACCCUCCUGUUCCUCUUCGCAUAUUUACCGCAAGUCGCCUUUCUCGCCAUCUUCCAGGGCGCGGGUGCGUGGGUCAAUGGCGCUUUCCUAGUCUUGGGAGAAGGGGCCGCAAUUGUGGCGGCGCUGUUCGAGGCCUUCUUUGUUGACGAAACUCUGGUGGAUAUCUUCGAUGCUGUCAUGGUCAGCGAAGGCCAGGGCGAGCUGGUCGCCUCGUCCCGCGUGCUGUAUCCCCAAGGCGAUGACGUUGUCAAGCGACUGGGCAAACCUACCCACAGUGCUGUCUAUGCUCCCUUUUCCCUGCGACAAAUCCUGGAGUUUAUCUUCCUCCUCCCGUUGAACUUCAUCCCCGUGGCUGGCGUUCCCAUGUUCCUGGUCCUGACUGGAUAUCGGGGAGGUCCUUUCCAUCACUGGCGAUACUUUCAGCUACUGGAUCUCAGCAAGCAACAAAGAAAGGAGCGGAUCCGCAAACGCCAGUUGCAGUACACAACUUUCGGAACCGUAGCUUUGGUCCUGCAACUGAUUCCCGUGCUGUCCAUGUUUUUCCUCAUGUCAACCGCUGUUGGGGCUGCUCUUUGGGCUGUGGAGAUGGAAAACAAGCGUGAUCUCUUGGGGAGACGAUGUGAUCGUACAGAAAACUACCGGGAUGAUGGUGAUAUGCUAUGAUUUGGAAUUGAGCAACCUUAUUUUCAGUUUUAUACUCUGUACCAAUGGAAAGAAAAAGGGCAAAUGAUCAUUCAGUCAGAACCCGGAGUUGACUUUCCUGCUGACCGUGUUUUAACACGUAGAAAGAUCGCCAUCCUUGUCUGAUCGCUGCCCUGCCCAAUAUUCAGCCAAAGCCUCGAGGGGCUCUAAAGGGGGCAAUCUUCGCGUAGGAUAGACAUCUUGGUUACACAGCUGAGAGGAAUCAGCAGCCACCAGCCUCCAAUUAGGAACCUGGGAUAAAAUUCAACGUGGGUGUAUUAAUAUUUUCUGAGGCCAAGGGGUGACGCUUCCCCACGUGACCCUUUC